UCAGCGCCGCGGCGGAAGUGACGUCUCUGACACGCGACGACCAGGCGCCGCCCGGGCAGCCGGCGACGCGGGGUGAUGACGCACGCGCAGCCCCGGUAGUCGCGGGGGAAGAGCUCGCCCGACAGCCGCCAUGGGGGGCGGCGAUCUGAACCUGAAGAAGAGCUGGCACCCCCAGACCCUGCGCAAUGUGGAGAAGGUGUGGAAAGCCGAGCAGAAACAUGAGGCCGAAAGGAAGAAGAUCGAGGAGCUGCAGCGGGAGCUGCAGGAGGAGCGAGCGCGUGAGGAGAUGCAGCGAUACGCUGAGGACAUGGGCACCGUCAGAAAAAGAGAAGAGAAGCUGGAGUGGAUGUACCAGGGUCCUGGAGGCAUGGUGAACAGAGAGGAGUAUCUUAUGGGUCGCCCUGUGGACAAAUACGUCUUUGAGAAGACAGAAGACAAGGAUGCAGGCUGUUCCAACGAGACAGGACUUCUCCCAGGCUCCAUUUUUGCCAAGACGGGUGCCAAUUCUGUCCUAGAUAUGGCAAACAAAAUCCGGGAGGAUCCUCUUUUCAUGAUAAGAAAGAAGGAGGAGGAAAAGAAGAGAGAAGUUUUGAAUAAUCCUGUUAAAAUGAAGAAGAUCAAAGAAUUGCUGCAAAACAGUUUAGAUAAGAGAGAGAAGAAGAAGAAGAAAGAGAAGAAGAAGAAGCACAAGAAACACCGGCAUCGCAGUUCUAGCAGUGAAAGUGACAGCAGUGAUGAGGAACGAAGCAAAAAUAAGUCUCAGAGGAGGACGAACAGCUACUCCUGGAAAUCUGCUUCUUCCAAAGUCCCAGGAUAUGGCUUACAAGUUAGAGACUCUGACCAGAGCCACAGGUCUCGGAGCUCUCCAGCCGCUGGCCAGGAGAGGGCCCCCCACAAGCACCGGGAUCGCUCCAGGUCCAGGAGCCAGUCCCGCUCCCCUCAGAGACGCUCUAGCAAGAAGAAUUCAGAACAGUCUGGAUGCAGGGGGUCAAGAUCUCCUUCUAGACACAGUAAACAGCAUAACAAUCGGGAGGAGAAAGGGAGAGCUAGAAGCCCUUCCCCUAAAAAGAGCUAUCGACGACAGCAUGCUCCGGGUUAUACAAGAAAGAUCUCUCCAGAGGAACUAGAGCGUAAACGCCAGGAAAUGAUGGAAAAUGCCAAGUGGCGAGAAGAGGAGAGAGCAACCAACCUCAGGAAACACCGAAGGGAGGAGGAGCUGGAGCGAGAACUGGAGAAACUCGACUCCCGCGAUGGGAAGUUCUUCAAUCGCUUAAAACUUGAGAGUGCGUCUACUUCCACCCUAGAAGAUCGGGUGAAACGCAACAUCCACUCUCUUCAGAGAACUCCUGCUGCCUUGGAAAAAAACUUUAUGCAGAGGUGAAACUUGUUCUCUCUCUGCUCCUGCGCAGAAUUUAAACGGACGCUUACUCCCAAAGGUGAGAGGCCUCCAGCACAGGCUCGCUGCUCGCUACAGGAACCGUUACCGCCUCCCACAGAGGUGCUGGAUUUCUGGGCUGCAGCCCACAUCGUGUUCCGGACUUCUGGCAUCGCGAAUGCGUUUGUAAUGAGUGUGACCUUGCGAGCAAACCUUUGCUGGAGAACUUGUGAGCCCUUGUAUUCUAUUUUUAAUGUAUUGCCAGAUCCUUUCCUUCUCUCUCCACUUUGACUGGUAUAAUUGCUAUAUAUUGUUAUUGCCAGAUUAUGCCGGGUGAUAACUGCUUUCUACAUUGGGCAGAUUGUCCAAGCUGUUUAUAUGAUAGAGCAAAAGACCUAUUUUUGUUAGUCCUUAAAAUCAGAGCAGAACAAAUUCACAUGCGAGUUAAUUUCCUGGAAUUCUGUAAGGCUACAUGAGUGGCAGAGAGAAUCCUGCUCGAUUUCACCAUUUCAGGUGUGGGUUUGGAGUGCGAUGUAGAUGAGCCUGCAAAAUACCUGCAGCCGUUAUUUAACUGCUCGCGGAUUUGAGCGGUGUUUGACCCGCGGGGAGCUGCUUCGAAGGGAAAGGAAAUGAGCAGAGCGUAGCUGAUACAGCACAUAUUUCUCUGGGAUUUUGCAAUGUAAGUAAUGUGUAUAUGUACAGCAGCGUAGAUCUUUAUGGUUGUUUUUUUUUUAAUUAAGAAACUUUAUUGUCAUUUU